GCUACUUACCAUGGUAAGUUUAUCUCACCUUCCGCUCUUUACUGAUGCAUAUUUCUACCCUCAUUGCCCUUUCAUUUUGAACUCAUCAUCAGCUCAACAGUAUGGCCAAACCUGUCUUUGUGUUGGUGCCCGGCGCAUCGCAAAACCCAGCUCAUUAUGCCCAUCUCCUCCACCUCCUUCAGUCCGCAGGCUAUGGUGCCCUAAGCGCUCUUCUACCCAGUGUCGGCUCCCGAGAUCCCAUUACCGCAUCUGACGACGCUGAAUACGUCCGUUCUCGCAUGCUUCUGCCUGUGCUGGAUGUCGGCCAGCAGGACGUCAUCCUCAUCAGCCACUCGUAUAGUGGGAUGCCCGCCAGCGCGGCCGCCCGAGGACUGGGGAAGGCUGAUCGCCUCGCCGAGGGCAAGUCUACGGCUGUUCUUGGGCAGAUCUUCCUCGCCUCUCUCAUCUUGCCUGGCGGUGAUGGCAGGAGUGUACAGGAUUCCUUUGGCGGACACCUGCCACCGCACAUCCGGCUUGACGAGGAAAGGAAUCUUCUGUGCUGCGACAACCCCAUCCCGCCUCUAUUCAACGACGUGUCUCCUGUCCUCGCUGAAGCCGCCUGCCAAACCUCCCUGAGUCACGGCGCAACCUCAAUGCUGAGCCCCUGUCCGGCUGCUAGCUGGAACACGCCCGCUUUCCAAGACCGCAUCGCCUAUAUUCAUACGCUGGACGAUCGGGCUGUGCCGUACGAGGCGCAGCGCAUGAUACUGCAGGCGUCGGGACAGAAAUGGAUCACUCGGGAGAUCCAGAGCGGACACAGUGCGCAGCUGUCAGCGCCGGAGGAGCUUGCGAAGGUUAUUCUGGAGCUGGCCAAGCAGUGGGAGGCUUGAUGGACUAGAAACAGAAAUAGGUUUGGGUGAUAUAUGGCACUUAGUGCGUCUAGAACCUACAUACAGUAUAAACAGUAUAGAGAUAUCUUAAAUAAUAUUAUGACUGGAUAAUCUAUCUUGUUUAGCUAGAUUAACUGCAAUCAGCAAUGAGAAUGCUGAUCAAAGGAAUAAAAAUAGGCCCGACGGCC